CAAAGAUGAGUAGCUCGUAGCUGAUUGUUGUGGCAAUAAAUUUGUUGUUUGUCUGUGUGUUAAGCCUUAUGUCAAAGUAUCAAAAACAAACAGUAAACAAAGUAUAUUUAUUCUUAUCAGUUAUUACCUAAUUUAUAAGAUGAAUAUGUUACCGAAUGCAUCCUACUCGGGUGCAGGUGAACAUUUAUUCAAGUCAGAAGAGUUCAGUGAUUUGACUAUAAUUGUUAAGAGUAAUAAUGGAGGUCGUUGGCGUUUUCCUGCUCAUAAGUUGAUUUUGUCUUCUCAAAGUCCCGUGUUUCGACUUAUGCUAGAAAAUGAAUUCUGCGAAAGAAAGAACGGAGAAGUUGUCAUUGAAGAUAUUGAACCUCACAUUGUGGAAAUGUUGCUAAUGUAUGUUUACUGUGGUAAAUCAGUUCUUGAAAAUUGGCUUGACGCUCGAGAUUUAUUAUGCGCCGCCCACAAAUAUCAAAUAGAUCCCUUGGUUAAUUAUUGUGCCCGCUUUCUGGAGAGCGUCAUCACCAUCAAUAAUGUGUGUAACAUCUACAACGACGCUUGUUUGUAUUCGCUGAUAUCCCUCAAAGAAAAAGCACUGAAGCUGAUAUUAGACGCUGGUUUCAUUUUACUCAGAAGCAAGUCGUUUGAAAGACUCAGUUGCGAGGCCGUCAUGGAAAUAAUCACCAGCCGCGAACUGAACAUCGACAGCGAGCUCAUGGUGUUCGAAGCCUUGUUGAGGUGGGCCCCGAUACAGUGUUGCCGAUUAAAUAUCCCGGUGAGCGAAGAAAACAUUUUAAAAGAGUUGACACCAUUCUUGAAGUACGUGUGUUUCGACGACAUGUCGGAUACGGAAAAGAGCGCUCUGCCGUCUGCCGUUCUGUCCUGCGUCAAGCCGAACAACCGGAACCGGGUCACCUACCACGUCAACGAUUCUUUGCUGAGCUACUCUUAUUUUUUCAAUUUCCAUACCGAACAGUUGGGGCCCUGUUUGGAAGACCAAUUGAAUUGCAUGCGUUUUUCCUUGGAUACUUCGAAAUAUUUGCUCGGAUUGAAGUUCAUUGUCAUCGUGCCUCACAUUCCCGAACACUUGACGCUUGUCCUCGUGAAAGAAUGCGCCAGCACCUCGUACAAUGCCGUCAUCGUGAAUUUGGCCCGUGCAGUUUGGAAAGAAGCUCUGCAGGUGAAUGACUGCAUGCGGUGGGAAACAAAAGUCCUCCUCCGCCAACCCUGUGCCAUCGAGAAAUGCAGUGUGUUCAAAUUGUACAUAGAGACGAACAUUCCCAAUCUCAUUGUUCCUAAGACAAGUUUAAUCAACAAGUCGUUGUCUACAGACUGUGGUGUUGUUAAUCUUUCCCUUCACAGUGAUUCGAUUUGGGGUAUUAAAAAUCUUAUUUUCAUUUAAUAAUUUAUUUGAGCUACAUAAUUGUGUUCCUGUGGACAUUUUUUUUUUGUUGAAAUCAUUAAUAACUGAAAGUUAGCUUCAAGUACUGCACCAGGACAUUGAAUUAAUAACAUAAUUGAUAUUAAGACAGAUGCUUCUUAACCCAUUCAGGGAUUGUUGUACUCAAGGGGUACCUGACACAAAAACUAUGUGUUGCAAUUCGUAUUCACAUGGUUUGAAAAUCGUGCAUCGCAAUUUCUUUUCACAUGGUUUUAAAAAUCCAAUAUUGCUAUUUGCAUUAUUGUGUUUUUAAAAUCCGAUAUCACAAUUCAUACUCGUGCGAGUUUUAAAUCUAAGGCUGAGAUUCAUAUUCACGUGUUUUAAAUAUCUAAGACCGAGAUUCAUAUUCACACGUUUUGAAAAUCCGAUAUUGCAAUUCGUAUUCACACGUUUGUGAUAUCAAACAUUGUGAUAUUUUUAUACAUGACUUAAAACCUACACAUUGCAAUUCGUAUUUACGUGAUCUAGGGAUUCGUAUUUGAAUGAUUUAAGAAUUCAAUAUUGCUAGUUGUAUUUUCACAUUUUUUAAAAUCCAAUAUCACGAUUCAUACUCGUGCGAAUUUAAAGUCUAAUAUCGCGAUUCUUGUUAGAAGUAAGCUUCUUGAACUACUUACUCUAAAGGUGUGAUAUAUUUUGCGUUAGAAGGUAAUUUAGUUAUAAAUGUUAGUUUAAAAAAUUAUAUUGCAUUUGAAAUAUUUAUGGUAUAAAAAUUUUCAGAGUUUUUCACUUAGUGCCACAAUUACCCCUGCCCAUUUUGGCCAAGCAUUGAAAUUUUAUAAAAUGUGAUAUUGUUUUCAUUGAAAUAUGCUUACAUUAAACUAGUUGAGACACAAAAAAAUUUUGUGUAUGAAAAAUUAUAUUUUAUUUAAGAAAUAAAAUUAUGUGUAUUGGCCCUGUGGCAGAAUUUUUUCUGGUUUUCUGCCACAAACUUCCCUAGCACUAAUAUUUUGCUUUAAGAUACUUUUAAUUAUAGCAAUUACUAAUUUAAAAUAAUAGAUACAUUGUGUUUACAGAAUAAAUUAUAAAAUAAAAAUGAAUUUUAAAAGUUAUAUAUUUUUAUUUCUAAUAUUAUAGGCGAUAUUCCUGAAUUUUGUAGGCGGAAAAAAUGCACUAAUCACUUCCUCUUUCGAAUUUUGUGAAUCAUCACAAAUUAAAAUUCAUAAAUACAUUAAACAAUAAUAAUAAGUUCAAAUUCGUACAUAAAUUAAAAAUCGUAAAGUCUGCGCAGCGACUCACAAAAUCAAGAUUGACUCCUAAAUCACGUGAGUAAGACUGUUUAAAAAAUAAAUACUCAAAUAUAUGUAUGUAAAACAUGAUGUUCUUUAAAGAAAAAAUGAAAGCAAGAACAUCAUUUCCAGAUCGAAAUAUCAUAUAAACUUUUGCGAACUAUUUUUAAUUUUAUAUUAUUAAUUAGAAAUUCUAGCUGAAGCCAGUCAUUACCGAUUUUUUUCAAAAAUCUCAGGUGAGAAACGAAAAGGAAAAAAAAUCGAAAAAUAAUGCAGAAAAGAAGACCAAACUUUUUCCCUUCCCGAAUGAAAAAUUCUUCUGCAAAAUUGUAACGUUCUGUGACAAUGUUGCCAUGGGCGUAUAGGCACCAUUCAAGUCAGUGAGCAAACCAUUUAGUUGUUUUUUUUUUAAUAAAAUUUGUUGUAUAAUUUUUUUUUAUUUACUAACUUGUAACUUUAAUCUCUCAUAAAAACAUAUGAUAAAUCUCAAAAUGAAUAACUAUACAUUUUCAAAAAGCAUCAUUUGUCAAUAACUGUUUUAAGUUAAAAAACUUGAGUAGAUAUUUCUCAACAGAAAGUGUUUACAUCCAAUUGAAUUAUAAAUAAUUUAUCGAUGUCUUAAGAACCCCUGACUACAGCAAAGAAAUAAAAUUAGUGAAAAAUAUACGUUACAGUGUUAAUAAAAACAUAUUUAUUGAAAUGGUGUAGUUGCGCAAGCUUGGUCGAAAAUGGGUUAAUCAGUAGGACACACAGUCAAGUCUUCCUACAUAUUCUUAGCAUGCCACCUGAUAAGACUUAAUUCUAAUUCUAAAGUACUGGAGAGCCUGCAAAAGAAUGAAAAAAUCUUCUACGGAAGACCCACUGUGAGCUGUUGUGCCACCAAUGAUGAUGAUGAAUCGUUGAGGUUAAAAACAAAUUUGGAUUUAUGAAGAUAUUGCUGCAGAUCUCCAUAAAUUCUGCUCUCUACGUCAUAAAAUUAAAAAAAAGAGUUCAUUUAUUUUUAAUGCUGUUUAAUUUUUAAGAAAAUAAUCUCAUUUAAAAAUAGAAUAAUUCAUAUUAUUUUGCCAGGUUGAAAGAAUGCAAUAUAUUUAUGUUAAAUUUGGUUCGUAUACAGAUAUUUAAAGCCGUAUAUAUGCAGCUUUAUAAUAUGUCUUAACAAAAAAAAGUUUUUUUUUUUUUUUUUAAAGAAGUGUUCUGGUACCUCAAAUUAAUAAACACUUUUUAACUCUGCAUAGAUUGCGGGGUUAACCUAAAGUAUUUUGCAGGUUUAAAAGCACUGUAUAGAGAGAUUUACCACCUACAAAGCUGGGUUACAUGCGUCAGAAUACAUACACUCACUAAGUUAAAAAAAAUUCAUCUCAUACAGUAAUAUGAUGUUUGGUAUAUUGUAUUUUCUUUAAGUUGUUAUACGUAAAUUAUAAAAUUGUAUUAGUUUUGUUUAUUUAUGUAGUUUGAAUGUUUUAUUAAUUAUACUGUCUCCAUUAAGUUUCAUCACAUAUAAAUUAUAAAAUUAUACUUGUUUAUUUAUGUUUGGGAUACAGCAUCUUCAUUAAGUUUAUCAUUUUUAAAUUAUAAAAUUGUAUCAGUUAUGUAUAUUUUGUUUCGAAUACAUUUUCUUCAUAAAGUUUAUUUUAUAAAA